UCUCCCAUACACCUUUAUUUGUUGUCGGUUUUCGGUUUUCGUGAAAAGUUGGUUAAUGUGGUGCGAAUACUACUAGUUACCGCGAUCUGUACUAGUUUUACAUAAGACGAGUAGACGCGAGGACGCACAUACAUUGCGAAAAUUGUAGUGCGUCGCCUCGUUUUUUGCCUGCAACAACAAGUUUUGCCGCGCUUCGAUUGUAGGCGGCUGCAGCCGAAAAGGCCAAAUACUCUGCAAAUUUUCAAUCAGAUCCAUCUAAGACACACCAGCAGUAGCAUCAUGGAGAACGGAAGCAAGGGUAGCGCACUGUCCAUCGAACAGAUGUACCAGAAGAAGUCGCAGCUGGAGCACAUCCUGCUGCGCCCGGACUCGUAUAUUGGGUCCGUGGAGUUCACCAAGGAGCUGAUGUGGGUGUUCGACAGCUCGCAGAACAGGAUGGUCCAGAAGGAGAUCUCUUUUGUGCCCGGCCUGUAUAAGAUCUUCGAUGAGAUCCUCGUGAAUGCGGCGGAUAACAAGCAGCGCGACAAGAGCAUGAACACCAUCAAGAUUGACAUCGAUCCGGAGCGGAAUGUGGUGUCCGUGUGGAACAACGGUCAGGGUAUUCCGGUGACCAUGCAUAAGGAGCAGAAGAUGUAUGUGCCCACGAUGAUUUUCGGUCAUCUGCUGACCUCCUCGAACUACAACGAUGACGAGAAGAAGGUCACCGGCGGCAGGAACGGAUACGGAGCUAAACUCUGCAACAUAUUCUCCACCAGCUUCACCGUGGAGACCGCCACGAGGGAGUACAGACGGAGCUUUAAGCAGACCUGGGCCGACAACAUGGGAAAGGCUUCUGAAGUGAAGAUCAAGGACUUUAGUGGCACCGAUUUCACUCGCAUCACAUUCAGUCCCGAUUUGGCCAAGUUCAAGAUGGAAAGUCUUGAUGAAGAUAUUGUGGCUCUGAUGUCCCGACGUGCAUACGAUGUCGCCGCCUCAUCCAAGGGUGUAUCCGUCUUUCUUAACGGCAACAAGCUGGCGGUGCGGAACUUCAAGGACUACAUUGAUCUCCACGUCAAGAGCACGGACGAAGACUCCGGUCCACCCAUUAAAAUUGUUCACGAGGUAGCCAACGAGCGCUGGGAGGUUGCCUGCUGUCCCUCGGACCGCGGCUUCCAGCAGGUCUCGUUUGUCAACUCAAUAGCCACCUACAAGGGUGGUAGGCAUGUGGACCACGUAGUGGACAAUCUCAUCAAGCAGCUCCUCGAAGUGCUGAAGAAGAAGAACAAAGGUGGCAUUAACAUCAAGCCCUUCCAGGUGCGGAAUCAUCUCUGGGUUUUCGUCAAUUGUUUGAUUGAGAACCCCACAUUCGACUCGCAAACUAAGGAGAACAUGACGCUGCAACAAAAGGGCUUCGGUUCCAAGUGCACUCUAUCCGAGAAGUUCAUCAACAAUAUGUCCAAGUCUGGCAUCGUGGAGUCUGUGCUGGCGUGGGCCAAGUUCAAGGCCCAGAAUGACAUUGCCAAGACGGGUGGUCGCAAAUCGAGCAAAAUAAAGGGCAUUCCGAAGCUGGAGGACGCUAACGAGGCCGGUGGCAAGAAUUCAAUCAACUGCACCCUCAUCCUCACCGAGGGAGACUCAGCCAAGUCUUUGGCUGUUUCCGGCCUGGGCGUCAUUGGCCGUAAUUUCUACGGAGUAUUCCCGCUUAGGGGUAAACUUCUCAACGUACGCGAGGCUAAUUUCAAGCAGCUGUCCGAGAAUGCCGAGAUCAACAACUUGUGCAAGAUCAUCGGGUUGCAGUACAAAAAGAAGUAUCUCACCGAGGAUGAUCUCAAGACGCUGCGCUACGGCAAAGUUAUGAUCAUGACAGAUCAGGAUCAGGACGGCUCCCACAUCAAGGGUCUGCUGAUCAACUUUAUCCACACCAACUGGCCGGAGCUGCUGCGUCUGCCCUUCCUUGAGGAGUUCAUUACGCCAAUUGUAAAGGCAACCAAAAAGAACGAGGAGCUCUCGUUCUACUCGCUGCCCGAGUUCGAAGAGUGGAAAAACGAUACGGCCAAUCACCAUACGUAUAAUAUCAAAUACUAUAAGGGUUUGGGUACUUCGACCUCCAAGGAGGCGAAGGAGUACUUCCAGGACAUGGAACGCCAUCGCAUCCUGUUUAAGUACGAUGGCUCGGUGGAUGAUGAGAGCAUUGUCAUGGCAUUCUCCAAGAAGCAUAUUGAGUCAAGAAAGGUGUGGCUCACCAACCACAUGGACGAGGUGAAGCGGCGCAAGGAGCUGGGAUUGCCAGAGCGCUACCUGUACGCCAAGGGCACCAAGUACAUCACCUACGCGGACUUUAUCAACCUGGAGUUGGUACUGUUCUCCAAUGCGGACAACGAGCGUUCCAUUCCCAGUCUGGUGGACGGCUUGAAGCCAGGUCAGCGCAAGGUGAUGUUCACCUGCUUCAAGAGGAACGACAAGCGUGAGGUUAAGGUGGCCCAGCUGUCUGGUUCCGUCGCCGAGAUGUCGGCCUAUCACCACGGUGAGGUUUCGCUGCAGAUGACCAUCGUUAAUCUGGCCCAGAACUAUGUGGGCGCAAAUAAUAUAAAUCUCCUGGAGCCACGCGGUCAGUUCGGUACUCGCUUGACGGGCGGCAAGGAUUGCGCCAGUGCUCGUUAUAUUUUCACUUUGAUGUCUCCCUUGACCCGACUCAUCUACCAUCCCUUGGACGAUCCGCUGCUGGACUACCAGGUGGACGAUGGCCAGAAGAUUGAGCCCCAGUGGUACCUGCCCAUCAUUCCGAUGGUGCUGGUAAACGGUGCUGAGGGCAUCGGAACUGGUUGGUCCACGAAGAUAGCCAACCACAAUCCCCGAGAGAUAAUGCGCAAUCUAAAGAAGAUGAUUAACGGAGAAGAGCCGACGCCUAUGCAUCCCUGGUACAAGAACUUCACCGGACGCAUGGAGUACGUAUCGGAUGGCCGGUAUGUGCAGACAGGAAACAUUCAAAUUCUGCCAGGGAAUAAGGUGGAAAUCACCGAACUUCCUGUGGGCGUUUGGACGCAGAAUUACAAGGAGAACGUGCUGGAGCCGCUGUCGAACGGCACCGAAAAGGUUAAGGCAAUUGUAUCCGACUACAGGGAGUUCCACACGGACACCACCGUUCGCUUUGUGAUUAGCUUUGCGCCUGGUGAAUUUGAACGAAUUCAAGCUGAGGAGGGUGGCUUCUAUCGAGUGUUUAAACUUACCACAACGCUCUCCACCAACCAAAUGCACGCCUUCGAUCAGAACAACUGUUUGCGGCGUUUCCCCUCCGCCAUCGAUAUCAUCAAAGAGUUUUACCAGCUUCGUCGUGAGUACUACGCUCGCCGGAAGGACUUUUUGGUGGGCCAGCUGACGGCGCAGGCCGAUCGGCUCAGUGACCAGGCUCGCUUCAUUCUCGAGAAGUGCGAGAAAAAGUUGGUGGUGGAGAACAAGCAGCGGAAGGCCAUGUGCGAUGAGCUGGUGAAGCGUGGCUACCGUCCAGAUCCCGUCAAGGAGUGGCAGCGCCGCAUCAAGUUGGAGGAUGCCGAGCCAGCUAACGAGGAGGAUGACGAAGAAGAGGAGGCAGCUACCAGCAGCAGCUCGAAGGUUAAAAAAGAGAAGGAAGUCGAUCCGGAUAAGGCUUUCAAGAAGCUAACCGAUGUAAAGAAGUUCGACUACCUCCUGGGCAUGUCCAUGUGGAUGUUGACAGAGGAGAAGAAGAACGAGCUGCUCAAACAGCGCGACGCCAAGCUGGCCGAACUGGAGAAUCUGCGCAAGAAGACGCCCGAGCUGCUUUGGCUUGACGAUUUGGAUGCUCUGGAGGCCAAGCUAGAUGAAGUGGAAGAGAAGGAGCGCCUCGAGGAGCAGGGCAUCAAUCUGAAGACAGCAAAGGCGAUGAAGGGCCAGAAGGCUGUUGCAGGCAAGGGCAGAAAGGCUAAGGCUGCGGCAGGCUCUUUGGCCACAGGAGACGUAUUCCCCGAUCCCGAGGGCGAACAUGUGGAGUUCAAGGUAACCGAGGACAUAGUCAAGAAAAUGGCGCUGGCGGCUAAGUUGGCCCAGAAUGCCAAGGAGCCAAAGAAACCGAAGGAACCCAAGGAGCCCAAGGUGAAGAAGGAGCCAAAGGGCAAGCAGAUUAAGGCCGAUCCGGAUGCUAGCGGCGACGAUAUGGACGAUUUUGAUGCAAUGGUCGAGGGCGGUGCGAAAUCCUCACCCAAGGCCAAAAAGGCAGCAGCUGUCAAGAAGGAGCCGGCAGAGAGGAAGCCCCGCCAGAAGAAGGAGAACGGCGGCGGACUCAAGCAGAGCAAAAUUGACUUCAGCAAAGCCAAGCCCAAGAAGAGCGACGACGACUCAGUGGAGGAGGUGACUCCUCGGGCGGAUCGGCCUGGUCGUCGACAGGCCAGCAAGAAGAUAGACUACAGCUCACUGUUCUCCGAUGAAGAUGGCGAUGGCAACGUGGGAUCUGAUGAUGAUGCCAGUGACAGUGAUGAAGACUCGCCCAAGCGUCCAACCAAGCGUGGUCGAGAUGAGGAGAGCAGCGGUGGAGCCAAAAAGAAGGCACCGCCAAAGAAACGGCGCGCCGUCAUCGAAAGCGAUGAUGAAGUAACAUUUGAUGAUGAUGAUGAUUCCGAUUUCCAGUGAUGGGCGCAAAGAUAUUACAAGUAUUUAACAAGGAAACCGACGAUUGGAAUCAGCAUUAUCCGUAUCGAGAAUCUGAAGCAGGCACUUUUAUGUGCUGCGGACUUACUCGCUACGGUUGUUUAUAUUUUCAUAACCUUUCAAUGUUCUCCUCGAAGUUUACGUCAAUGUUUUACUUUCCGUGUUUCAGUUUUACUUUAGCUAACAACUUCGCCACAUUCGUUUACUUUAGCUGAUUCUGUGUUCCAGAACAGCAAGUUAAGCCACUAAGAGGAAUUCACAAACAUAAUAUCGAUGUAUUAACAUGUUUCAUAAACAUAGUUUGUAGUCUCAAAAGUUUUCUUCAUGUAAAUAAAUCAAUUUUACCCAAUAA